AAUUUCUGUCUGUCUGUCUGUCAUCUUCUUCUUCUUUAUAUUUUCAGCUUCUCAUCAUCACUCUCUUUCAGACACAAGAAACAAAGAAAUCAAAGAAAUCAUGUUUUGUUAUUUCCAAUAAAUAGCGGUGGUACUAGAAUCAAAAAGAGAAGAAGAAUGGUGGGUGGUGGUGAAAGGAAAUUGAAGAGUGAGGAGCUGAACAAGUGCUUUGAGAAGCUGAUGAUGGCUGGAAAUGGGAAGAGUGAAGGUGGAGCAGUGAUCACUGAAUGGAAAGAUAUUCCUAUGGAGUUAUUGCUUAGGAUUGUUUCUCUUGUUGAUGAUCGUACCAUCAUCAUGGCUUCUGGUGUUUGCAGCGGCUGGAGGGAUGCUAUUUGCUUAGGUCUUUCCCAUCUUUGUCUCUCUUGGUGCAAAAUCCAUAUGAAUGAUUUGGUUCUGUCACUGGCUCCCAAAUUCACAAAACUGGAAACUCUAGUCCUUCGCCAAGAUAAACCGCAGCUUGAGGACAAUGCGGUUGAGGCUAUUGCACGUUUUUGUCAUGAUCUGCAGGAUCUUGACCUGAGCAAAAGCUUUAAGCUUAGUGAUCGUUCCCUGUAUGCGCUAGCUCAUGGUUGCCCUAACCUUACCAAACUUAACAUAAGCGGGUGUACAUCGUUUAGUGAUGCUGGUCUCGAAUAUCUUACUGGGUUUUGCCGAAAACUAAAAAUUUUGAAUCUUUGCGGAUGUGUUCAGGCAGCAUCUGACCACGCUUUACAGGCCAUUGGACAGAACUGCAGUCAGAUGCAAUCGCUGAAUCUGGGAUGGUGCGAGAAAGUUGGUGAUGUUGGAGUAAUGAGUUUAGCAUAUGGAUGCCCGGAUCUUAGAACUCUUGAUUUGUGUGGCUGUGUCUGUAUAACAGAUGAUAGUGUGAUUGCUUUGGCAUACAGAUGCCUCCAUCUGAGAUCCCUCGGCCUUUACUACUGUCGAAACAUAACCGAUAGGGCAAUGUAUUCUCUGGUCCAUAGCCGAGUGAAGAACAAAUCUGCAACAUGGGAUUCAAUGAAGGGCAGGCGUGACGAGGAAGGGUUAAGGAGUCUGAAUAUCAGUCAGUGCACUGCACUAACUCCUCCUGCUGUGCAGGCACUAUGCGACUCAUUUCCCGCACUUCACACCUGCUCAGGGAGGCAUUCGCUUGUUAUGAGUGGCUGCUGGAACCUGACAUCUGUGCAUUGUGUCUGCGCAGUUCAAGCACACCGCACUUUCAAUUUCAUUCCCAAUUCAGCUCAUUGAGCUGCGUGCCAAGUUCGUAAUUGCAAGUGCGUAUUAGAUACGCUCGGAACGUACAAAAACAAAACCCCUGUAAAUACAUGUUUCUGUUAAGAAAUGGACUGUCUCUGUCUGCAGCCUCUUUGUUGUUAUGCAGCAUUUUUGGCGUAUUCAAAAGCCAAGUUUGUUGUUCAACCCUAUGUGUUGUACUAUGUAUGGUAAUGGCGUUAUGCCAAGGAGAAGUAUAGCAAAAUAAUGUUAUUAGUUGCAA